AUGGACGAAACGGAAGCCGACCUCACCGACCUGGCACGAGCCUACUUGCUAUUCCCGCCGCAAGGCCUCGGCCUCGGGCAGCUGCAGUAUGAGGAGCAGCUGCAGCAGCUGCGCCUGGAGCAGCAGCAGCAGCAGCAGCAGCAGCAGCAGCAGCAGCAGCAGCAGCAGCAGCAGCAGCAGCAGCAGCAGCAGCAGCAGCAGCAGCAGCAGCAGCAGCAGCAGCAGCAGCAGCAGCAGCAACGCCUGCCACUUCACGCGAUGGAGGAGGCUAUAAUGCAGGCAGGACUGGUGGCCAUGUACACGGGUUCACCAGGGUUGAGCGCUGGGGCCGGAAAGGAGUGCAUGCAGCUCCAGCAGCUUGACGCCAUUACCAAGAAGCACGAGCACCACAACGACCUGAACAGCGCGCGGUCCAAGCUUGGGGUGGUGGACAACCUCGAGCGGCAGAUGGACGCCAUGCGGGCGGCCAGGGAAAGGCAAGAUGAGAAAACAACAAAGGUCAAGCUGGCCGAGGCGGAGGCGGGCCGGCAGGCUGCUGAGGCGCAGAUAGCGACUCUUCAGGGCAAGAACGAGCUGUGGGAGGUGGCGGCGGCCCAGCUGCAGCGGGAGCUUGCAGGCUGCCAGUGCAAGCUGCAGUCAGAGGAGGCGGCCCACAAGAGGGCCAGGGCAGAGGUUGCCGCCCUUACCGCUGUGGCACAGCAGAGCCAAGCGGCGGCUGAGCGUGCCCAGCAGGAGCUUGCGGCCAGCCAGGCCAAGACCAAGGUGGAGGAGGAGAACAGCCGCAAGGCCGCGGAGGCGGAGGUGGCCGGCCUCAAGGAGCUUCCGGAGGAAGCCCCUCCAAAAACCCUCGAGGCAGCGCUUGCGAAGAUCAAAACGCUGAAGUCCGAGCUGUCAUGUGCUCGCGGCGACGCGGCGGCCGGAAGGGUGCGCAGCGCAGAGCUGCAGGGGCAGAUCGCCGAGCACAACAAGGCACUCCGCCGUUGGGCCAAGUCUGUGGAGGAGGACCUGGAGGCCGCCGAGGAGAAGGUUCGCAAGGCGGAGAUGAAGGCGUUGGUCAGGGGCCAGGAGCACAGGGAAAUGAAGGCAUCAAAGGCUCGGAUCUGCGCCCUGUCCGCCGACAACGAGGCGCAGCUGCGCCUCAGGACAAAGGAGGCAAAUGCCCUGUGGGUGGUGGUGGGCUGGCAGCAGGGGCUCAGGGGGAAGGACGGGGAAGCGGAGCUGGUCACAAGCCAGGCGAGGCUGGGGGAGGCCAAGCAGCGGGAGGCGGCCCUCCAGGCCGAAGCGCUGAAGCACACGGGCAGCGCGGAGCCGGUGCAGCAGGAGGGCGAGGUGCGCCUGGUGGGUUGA